AUAAAAUCAGAGCACCCUAAAUCCCUAAUUCCCUAUCUCUCUUCGACUUCUCGCCGGGAACCGCGCAGACACCGCCGGCCGUCUCCGAUCAUCUGGUCUCUCUCUUUCCCUCACGGUAUUCUCUCUCGAUCAAUUCAGAAACACCAUGGUAGGAUUUAAGAAUAGGUACUUGAUAAUGGAGGUUUUUCUGGACCCAAACAAAGAAUUUUCGGUGGAUGAACCUAUUAGGAUCACUUCUAAGAAUUUAUGGGAAGCAAUUGUAAAAAGCAUUCUUGUGAACUUUGGGGAAUGUGGUCUAGCGUCGGCCACAAAUUCUUCUAAAGUGAAGUAUGUGAAUCCAACUACAAAACAUGUCAUCAUUAGAACUUCAAGAGAGGACUACCAGAAAGUUUGGGCUGCAAUUACAAUGAUUAAGAGCGUGGGGCAUUGUCCUGUGGUUUUCAACCUCCUUGACCUUAGUGGAAGCAUCAAGGCCUGCAAAACUGCUGCUCUCAAGCUCGAGGAGUUGAAAUUUGAACAGUACAAGUUAUCGGCCGGUGACCGCCUCACAGCCUAUGCUCAUAAGGAGAUGCAAAACUGCCUUGCGACUCUCAAACUCUUGGAACAUUAGUACUAAAUUUAUGCUUAGAUAGAUGCUAGGCUAAGUAGUAGACAACUGAUAAAUUAUUUCCUUCUUUGUGGAUCAUAUUUUUUCAGUGUAUCCAUUAAUGAAAAACAUUUUGUAAAUAAACUGCAUAUAAUGUUUCACGCGGAAUGGUUGUUUGUGAAAUCAUUGACCUCCUUUUAGAUAAUUGUAAUUCUUUUCUGUAAUCCUUAUUCUUGAAACUAA